CCAGCCGGGGUUUCGCUGUUAUUCUCUUGCUAUGCUGAUUUAUCUCGCAAGACUGGCCGUGUGUAGCGAAAUGGAAGUUUCAAGUCUCUGCAACAGCAUGCCCUGAAAUCAUAGUUUAUCCUGGGACUGUUGAAUAAAAAGACAGAAACCAUCAUGGGAAACCAGUUAGCAGGAAUUGCUCCAUCACAGAUCCUGUCUGUAGACAGUUAUUUUUCAGAUAUUCAUGAGUUUGAAUAUGACAAGAGCCUGGGAAGUACUCGAUUUUUUAAAGUUGCACGAGCCAAACACAGGGAAGGUCUGGUAGUAGUUAAGGUAUUUGCCAUUCAAGACCCAUCAUUGCCACUCACAAACUAUAAGCAGGAACUAGAGGAACUGAAGAUUCGUCUGUGUUCUUCCCAGAAUUGCCUUCCCUUUCAGAAGUUUACCUUAAAUGAAAAAGCAGCCUUAUUAUUCAGGCAGUUUGUUAGGGACAACCUCUAUGACAGGAUCAGUACCCGUCCUUUCCUGAACAACAUUGAGAAGCGCUGGAUUGCCUUUCAGAUACUAACUGCUGUGGAUCAGGCACACAAGUCUGGCGUACGCCAUGGAGAUAUUAAGACAGAAAAUGUCAUGGUGACAAGUUGGAACUGGGUCCUUCUUACAGACUUUGCAAGUUUCAAACCCACAUACCUUCCAGAAGACAACCCAGCAGAUUUCAAUUAUUUCUUUGACACUUCUCGUAGGAGAACCUGUUACAUUGCCCCGGAGAGGUUUGUGGAUGGAAGCACAUUUUCAACAGAACUUGAGUCCAUCAAGGACCCAUCUACUCCACUGGUUGACUUGACUAAUAACAACCAACGAACAAGAGGGGAUCUUAAGCGUGCAAUGGACAUCUUUUCUGCAGGAUGUGUAAUAGCAGAACUGUUUACAGAAGGAGUGCCAUUAUUCGACUUGUCCCAGCUCUUAGCAUACAAAAAAGGACAAUUUUCACCAGAUCAAGUGAUGGGUAAAAUUGAAGAUAGCUCAAUAAGACAACUGGUUAUUCAGAUGAUAUGUCGUGAACCAGAGAAACGGCUGGCAGCAGAAGACUACUUAAAACAACAGCGGGGAAAUGCAUUCCCUGAAAUAUUUUACACCUUUUUGCAGCCAUAUAUGGCACAGUUUGCUAAAGAAACAUUUCACUCUGCUGAUGAACGUAUUCUUGUUAUCCGCAAGGAUUUAGACAACAUCAUUCAUAAUUUAUGUGGAGAUGAUCAGAGUGAAAAAGUAGAAGGUGAAAUUAAGGAGAAUGGGCUGCUUAUUCUUGUUUCUGUGAUAACGUCCUGUUUGCAAACCUUGAAGUACUGCGACUCGAAACUUGCUGCAUUGGAGCUUAUACUUCACCUAGCUCCACGUAUAAAUGUUGAAAUUUUAUUGGAUCGAAUCACCCCAUACUUGCUUCAUUUCUGCAAUGAUUCUGUUCCCAGAGUUAAGGCUGAAGCUGUAAGGACCCUGACUAAGGUUCUUGCUCUUGUCAAGGAGGUACCUCGGAAUGACAUCAACAUUUACCCAGAGUACAUUUUACCUGGUAUUGCACAUUUAGCUCAAGACGAAGCCACAAUAGUAAGACUGGCUUAUGCAGAGAACAUAGCGUUGCUGGCAGAAACUGCUCUGAGGUUUCUGGAGUUGGUGCAGCUAAAAAACUUAAACAUGGAAAAUGAUCCUAGCAGUGAAGAACUGGAUGAGGUGUCACAUCCUAGUGAGAGCUAUGACACAGAGUUGCAGGCCUUGCAUGAGAUGGUCCAACAAAAAGUUGUAACACUUCUAAGUGACCCUGAAAACAUUGUGAAGCAAACCUUAAUGGAGAACGGGAUAACGAGACUGUGUGUUUUCUUUGGUCGGCAAAAAGCCAAUGAUGUGCUUCUCUCCCACAUGAUCACAUUCUUGAAUGACAAGAAUGAUUGGCAUCUCCGUGGGGCUUUUUUUGACAGCAUUGUUGGUGUUGCAGCAUAUGUUGGGUGGCAAAGCUCUUCCAUCCUAAAACCCCUUCUCCAGCAGGGCCUCAGUGAUGUGGAAGAAUUUGUAAUCUUUAAAGCUCUCAAUGCCCUUACUUGCAUGUGUCAACUCGGUCUUCUACAGAAACCACACAUCUAUGAAUUUGCUUGUGACAUUGCACCUUUUCUGUGCCACCCAAACCUGUGGAUACGUUAUGGAGCUGUGGGAUUUAUUACUACUGUAGCUCAGCAGCUAAAUAUUGCAGAUGUAUAUUGUAAGCUUAUGCCUUACCUUCAUCCCUUUAUUACCCAGCCAAUCAUACAGAUUGAUAAGGAAAUUGUCCUUCUCAGUGUCUUAAAAGAACCAGUCAGCCGCUCCAUAUUUGACUAUGCCCUAAGAUCCAAAGAUAUUGCAAGCCUCUUCAGACAUCUUCAUAUGCGUCAGAAGAAAAGGAAUGGCUCUCUCCCAGAAUGCCCUCCCCCUGAAGAUCCAGCAAUAACUCAGCUCUUAAAGAAACUUUUGUCACAGGGCAUGACAGAAGAUGAAGAAGAUAAACUUUUAGCAUUAAAAGAUUACAUGCUGAAGUCUAACAAAGCCAAAGCUAAUGUAGCCGAUCAGAGUCAUAUACAUGAAAGUUCCCUGAAAGGCGUGAUUGAUUUGUCUGCUUUGGGCCUUUCUGGAAGGCAGGCAGAUCUUAUUAAAACAAAGCAGGAUACAGAUGAUAAACGUGCAAGAAAGCAUGUCAAGCAGGAAUAUAAUGUGAAUGAAGAGUGGAAAAGCAUGUUUGGGGCAAUGGAGCCUGUAAAUGUUAACCAAACAGUAGUGAGAACAGCUGCUGACCAAGAGGCCACAAAACCUGUUCGCUCUGAGUCUGCAGCUGCUGUAUGUGCUCCUCUCUCAUCUUCACCUCAGACAUCUGAAGGGACAGGGAUGCAGCCAAGAAGGCCCACCAUGCAAAUAUAUACCAGCAUUUCCCUCCCUUCAACCUUCCAGAUUCGCAUGACCACAUGCAAGAGUGAGCUUCAACAGCUUAUACAGCAGAAAAGGGAACAGUGCAAUGCAGAAAGAAUAGCUAAACAUAUGAUGGAGAGUGCAGAAUGGGAGAGCAAACCACCACCAACAGGAUGGCACCCAAAAGGCCUUCUGGUGGCACAUCUGCAUGAACACAAGGGUCCAGUAAAUCGUAUACGAGUCUCUGAUGAACAUUCCAUUUUUGCUACUUGCUCAAAUGAUGGGACAGUAAAAAUAUGGAACAGUCAAAAAAUGGAAGGAAAAACAACUACUACCAGGUCUAUACUGACAUAUUCUCGCAUUGGGGGACAUGUGAAGACUUUGACCUUUUGCCAGGGAUCCCACUACUUAGCAGUGGCUUCUGAUAAUGGCAAUAUUCAACUCCUUGGAAUUGAAGCAUCUAAGCCACCUAAAUCUCCAAAAAUUAACCCACUUCAAAGCAGAACUCUUGAUCUUCAAGAAGAUGGCUGUGUUGUGGACAUGCAUCAGUUCAAUGCAGGCUCCCAGUCUGUGCUUGCCUACGCCACUGUGAAUGGUUCAUUGGUUGGCUGGGAUCUGAGAUGCCCUAGUAAUGCAUGGACAUUAAAACACGAUCUCAGAUUAGGGCUUAUAACAUCUUUUGCUGUGGAUAUCCACCAGUGCUGGCUUUGUAUUGGAACCAGUAGUGGGACUAUGGCUUGCUGGGACAUGAGAUUUCAGUUGCCAAUAUCCAGUCACACUCAUCCAGCCCGUGCACGAAUCAGGCGCCUUCUUAUGCAUCCACUCAGCAUGCAUACUAUGUAUCAGUCAUGGGUAAUAGCAGCUGUUCAAGGCAAUAAUGAAGUAUCAAUGUGGGAUAUGGAAACUGGUGAUCGAAGAUUUACACUGUGGGCCAGCAAUUCUCCUCCUCUCUCUGAAAUGCAGCCAUCACCUCACAGUGUCCAUGGUAUUUACUGUAGUCCAGCAGAUGGAAACCCCAUAUUAUUGACUGCAGGAUCAGACAUGAAAAUAAGGUUUUGGAAUCUGGCCUGCCCGAAGAGAUCCUAUAUUAUUGCUGGGAGCACUAACAACUUGCCUCCAGUAUCUUACUUUAGCAAGAUCAUCGAAGGCACUGAGGUUGUGCAGGAAAUUCAGAACAAGCACACCAUGGGGCCCAGUGAUGACACUCCCCGCAAAGGACCAGAAUCACUGCCAGCAGGACACCAUGAUAUUAUUACAGACAUAGCCACCUUCCAGACCACUCAGGGGUUCAUAGUAACUGCUUCAAGGGAUGGUAUAGUGAAGGUAUGGAAAUAAAGGAAGCGCUUGGGCUAGAAGAUACUAUAAAGAACACCCAUUAUUGCUUUUUUGUAAGUGAAAAUGUUGCAGGAUUUCUGGAUCACUCCUGGGUUGUGACAACUUUGUGCUAAGGGUCCAAAAAAGACAACAUUAGAGACGUCUGAGCCCUGUUCUACAGCCAUAACAGUAUAUAAAACUAAAACAUGUACAUUUAAUACAGCUAUAUUAUCUGUAUUUCCAUCUUUACAUAUGAGAAUUACAGUCAUGUCUGCAAGAGAAUGUAAAUCGUUCAUACAUUAUUUAACAUUAUUUUGCAAUUUAAAUACUUGUUAACGUGACAAUGGAAGUAAAGGCAUGAGUUUUGCACAGACAUUUCAUAAUUGCUAAUAAAUAUGUAUAUAUUAACCAGAA